AUGAUAUGUGAGUAUCAUGAGACUCAUGGUCAUAGGACUGAGGACUGUCGCCAACUAAGGGAAGACGUGGCUCGGUUGCUGAAAAAUGGCCACCUUCGAGAAUUCCUGAGUGAGCAAGCCAAAAGCCACUAUAAAGGAAGGGAAAAUCACAAAAAUGCUGAGCCCGAAGAGCCUCAGCAUGUAAUCAAUAGGAUAAUCGGAGAAACGGAUACACCACGAGGACCGGUGAUGAAAAGAACAAAGGUCUCGAUUGUACGAGCAAAACGGACCCGGGAUUACUCGCCCAAGGUUUCCAUCUCCUUCAACGACGAGGAUACAGAAGGCAUCAUUCUACCGCAUAAUGAUGCAUUGAAGGAAAUGGACCUGGGCAGUGAAGAGGAUGAUUUCAAUGUUUCCAGAUCGUUCGUAUUACCGGAUGAUUCAGAUGCAACCAAAUCUACCGUGGAGGAGUUGGAGGAGAUCAUUUUGUUCGUACAUCUACCGGAUAGAAAGGUACUUCUCCAUGGAGAGGCAAUUCUUGGAGACCAAGGUAAACCUUUGUGGUAG